CGGGAGCCGCCAGCGAUGCUGCGGGGCGGCCGGAGCCCACUGCCCCCGGCGACGGGGCCCCCCAGCGAGGCACGGGGACCGGCGGGCGCUCCCGGCGCGGCGCAGGUGGCGGCGGGCAGCCUGCUGGCUCUGCUCAUCCUCUGGACGCUCUUUGGGAACGUGCUCGUGUGCGCGGCCAUCGUCCGCUACCGGCACCUGCGGAGCAAGGUUACCAACAUCUUCAUCGUGUCCCUGGCUGUCUCGGACCUACUGGUGGCCCUGCUGGUCAUGCCCUGGAAGGCGGUGGCAGAGGUAGCUGGGUACUGGCCCUUUGGGGCUUUCUGCAACGUAUGGGUGGCCUUUGAUAUCAUGUGCUCCACGGCCUCCAUCCUCAACCUGUGCGUGAUCAGUGUGGACAGGUACUGGGCGAUCUCCAGCCCUUUCCGCUACGAGAGGAAGAUGACCCAGCGGCUGGCUCUGGUGAUGAUCAGCGUGGCGUGGGCACUGUCUGUGCUCAUCUCCUUCAUCCCUGUCCAGCUCAACUGGCACAAAGGUGGGGAUGUUGUUGCUGCUGAUGAUAUUGGAGAUGGAUUUGGCACUGCCUGGGCAGCAGCAGGUGCAGUCACCACCUGGGCAGAAGAUAUGAGUACCACUUGGGUGGCAUUAGCAGCAGUGAGACCCUCUGAUGGGACCUCUGGCAGCAACGAUACCCUCACUGGACCAUCGGAGAGCUGUGACUCCAGCCUCAACAGGACUUAUGCUAUUUCCUCCUCCUUGAUCAGUUUUUAUAUCCCGGUGGCUAUCAUGAUAGUUACCUACACUCGAAUCUACCGCAUUGCCCAGGUGCAGAUUCGUCGUAUCUCUUCCUUGGAGAGGGCAGCCGAGCAUGCACAGAGCUGCCGGAGCAGCCACAUUGACUGCCACCAUCACACCAGCCUCAAGUCCUCCAUCAGGAAAGAAACCAAGGUGUUAAAGACGCUGUCUGUCAUCAUGGGUGUCUUUGUCUGUUGCUGGUUGCCAUUCUUCAUCCUGAACUGCAUGGUUCCCUUCUGUGAGAGCCCACCCAGUGACCCCCACGCUGGCCUCCCCUGCGUCAGUGAGACCACCUUUAAUAUCUUUGUCUGGUUUGGUUGGGCUAACUCUUCUCUUAACCCCAUCAUCUAUGCCUUCAAUGCUGACUUUAGAAAGGUUUUCUCCAACCUCCUGGGAUGCGGUCAGUUUUGCUCUGGUACUGCAGUGGAGACUGUUAAUAUAAGCAAUGAGCUUAUCUCUUACAACCAGGACACCCUUUACCAUAAGGAGAUAGUGACUGCUUAUGUUAACAUGAUCCCAAAUGUGGUUGACUGUGAGGAAAAUCGCGAGGACCCUUUUGAUAGGAUGUCCCAGAUCUCCCCUGACCACGAGGUUGCCACUGACUCUGCCUGUGAGCUGGACUGUGAGGGGGAGAUUUCGCUAGGCAAGAUAACACCUUUCACUCCAAAUGGUUUACAUUAAAUUGUGCCCUGGUCUGGUCAGUUCUUGGAUUAUAAAAGCAAAUAUUAGCACUGAGUGGAGAAACCUGCUUGAUGAUGUGCUGUAGUUUGGUCAGUCAGUUUAUGCUAAAUUCACUUCUGUGGGUAGUACUUUGCAGGAUGUAGACAUUGUCAUACAGGGGGCUGGCAGCAAAAACUUAAAUCAGCACUCCCCCAGGCUGAGGGCAGACCAGGCAGUCAUGUUGAUUAGCUGUGGUGAGGUAUUUUGUGGUAUAAUUGCAGUCAGUUUAUGUUUAUAAUGUGUUUAAGAAUGAAAGGUGCCAUUGUCACUGCUAAGUAUUAUGACUUCUAAAAUCAGGGAGAGAUGUGGCUGGCAUAGGCAUUAAAUAAAAAAAUAUAAUUCUGGGCUGUUUGUUUGUUCAGAUUUUGUGUUUCUUUUUCUCAAUUUUCUUGUUUGUUUAGUUCUGAUUUUAUUUAUUUAUUUUUUAAGAUAGAGAUAGUGAGGUGGUAAUUUGGAUGAUUAUUUAAAUGCGUGUUUCUGCCAAAACAGUUUAUGUGAAAUUCUUGUUCUCCUAGGCGGCGUUGUUGCCUAUGAUAUCCUCUGUUCCUGGAUGAAUAAAUAAAAGUUAU